UUGUCUUCCAGUCACAGUUCACCGGUUGCUUUCCAACAAUUAACAAGGAACGCUCCUCCACCAGCUGAGUGAGUGUGAAGAAGUGGAUAAAAGUUUAUCUUAAAUCCUUUAGUGUAGUGUACACAGGAAAUCCGGAAUCCGGAAGGAAUUUUGGAAAUCAAUAAAAAUGAAGCAAUUUGUCGUGUUAUUUGCCGUGUUGGCAGUUGCAGUCGCAGCCCCAUCUUCGGAAACCGAAGGAAUUCUAACCAGCGCCCUCAAAUUCGUCAAGGACUGCGGUGAGCAGUCUAUGGUGCUUUGCAUCAAGGAACGCGCGCUCCGUUACGUUGAAGGUGCCCAGGGUGAUAUCGACAUUACCGAUGGAAUCAAGCUGGUCGAAACCGAGAAGCCCGCCCCCGGUGGCCGAUCCCUGAAUGAAGUUGACCUGCCAGCCGAUCCAGAGGCCCGCGAAUCCGAAAUCGACGGCCUGUUGGUUGAACGUGCUGCCCGUUUCCUCGGAUCCCACACCCUCCAGUUCAAGAUCCCCAAGGAGUCGAUCGAGGACAUGCAGCGCUCCCUGGAUGAAGCCCGUGGCAAGAAGAAGAAGGUCAAGAAGCUGCUCCUGCCCCUCCUCCUGCUGUUCAAGCUGAAGGCCGCCGCUCUGCUCCCAUUGGCUAUCGGUUUCCUGGCCCUGAUUGCCUUCAAGGCUCUGAUUGUCGGCAAGAUCGCUCUGAUCCUGUCCGCCAUCAUUGGUCUGAAGAAGCUGUUCGACAAGAAGCCAGAGCAGAGCUACGAAGUGGUCGCCCACCCACACUACUCGCACUCCACCUCCUUCGAUGAUCAUCACGGAUAUGGACGCUCCAUCGAUGCCCAGAACUUGGCUUACAACGCCCAUGCUCAGUAAAGCUGAUCGACGUGCUAGAAGCCUUGCCAUAGCCCGUAGUAGACUCGAUAUAAUACUCGGCUGACGUCAGAUGGCUGAGGAUCAUCCGAAAUGCUGCCUAUCAAACCCCCCAAGCAACACAGUCCCGAUCCUGUGCAAUCCUCCGUUCCCAGCCGUUUUAGUCGAUUUUUAAUUACCGGUAGGCAGCGAUCCUCACUGCCGGUCAGCCCUAAACCAAUUCCAAAUCCUUUGGGCGUUCGGAAGCCAUUACAUGAUUUCCCAAAAACAAACAACAACAACCCAAAAGCAAAACACUAAACAAACCAACUCACACACCCUCCCCAUACGCAUCGUUAGAUUAAUUUAACUUAUUUGCGAUGAGUUGCAGAAAACGCGUAUUUAUUAAUUUAUUUUGCUCGAGAAUAUUUAUGUAGAUUAUUUGUUUUAGACGAACGGAAAGUAUUUUUUCUCUUUUUUUCUCGAAAUACGCUAUUCUCGUAACAUCUAACUUCUCUGUCACUUUUCCCACUAGUGUGAACUCCACUCUGUCGCGCUGUGAAACUAUUCUUCUUCUACAAUUUACCAUUGAACCCAAAAAAAACUGCGCCCUACGCAAUCACGAUUGUACUGAACGAAAAAUCAAGAAGCCUAGAAGAAGUACGGACUAACGACAGUCUUGGAGCAAACUGGAUCCCAACAAGAAGAAAAACCUACGAAACAAAAGAAGAGAAGAAGAAUCAAGAAGUUAAAUACGUAAAGUUCAAAAUAGUUGUAUAAUCAAAAACAAAAACCCAAAACCGAGCCCCCAUAGGAUCGAAUCGUACCAAAUGCCAAAUACUUUAAGCGUGAAGCGCGAAUCCACCCCUUCAAAUCUUCCCAUAGAAGAACAUAACCACACAGAUACUCUCUCAUACACGCAAAAGCAAAAGGCAACCUCUCUUGAGACUGUUCGGAAGCUGACUGAUAGGGAGCUCGAAUCCCUUCGUCGUAGGCGACCUAGUUUGCGAUUAGCUCACAAUUUCGUGAAAUUUAAAAGUUUAUAUUAAACUUGUUGUAAUGUGACUUCUCACAUGAACCCAAACACGCAUACUCUUUACUAAAAGACGCGUGCGCGAACCAAAAUUGAUUUCCUACCUUCAUUCUAUUCUAGCGCAAGCUAUCAAUCACUCUUACUUCCAAGCUUCCUCUAAGUCUUAAAGAAAAAUCAAAAAACUUUCUGUACCGGAAGCGGUCUGUCUCAAAGCGCUAGAAAAAAAAACUUUUCAUCUCUCUAAGAAUCUCUUCCUACUACACGCAAAGAUCAUCCUCGCGGUCAACAACCGACCUUCGAGGGUGGCGUCAUGCUCUCUACCUGAUAUCUCACGCUUAUUCUAAAAACUUUCCACGAUCAUAUUUUGGGCCGGCGGCACGCGUUUUCUCUACAAUUGUUUUUCCAAUCUUCGACUUAACAACAAAACCAUUCUUUUUCCGCCCCUUUCGCAAAUCUUCCGAAGGAAGAAAGAAAACUGCUUCUCGAAAACAAAUAUCUAUUCCGGAAAUAGGAAAAAACAAACGACAAUGACUCGUAAGAAUGAUCUGUUCUGUUAUUUAUUGUUUAAAUUAUUGAAAAGAAAAGAAAAAAUCAAACAGUGAAGAAAAAAUAAAGAUGAAAAAUGAUAUUAA